CUAAGCCGCAGGGGGAUGGAGUUGGCACCAGGGACUUCUGGUCAAACCCUGGACGGCGGGCCAGGCACUUCGAAGGGAGCAGGAGCUAAGCGGCUCUCCCCAGCCGAGGACCGCACCACCGAGGGCGCAUUUCCAGGGAACCAAGGUCAGAAUUAAGGUCCAGGUGGGAAGCAGACGCGGAACCAGUCAGAAGAACGAGCGGUGGAAAACAGACCCGAGAGCUUAAACCCGGGGGGUAGGGGCGCAGCUUCUUGGGCGGUAGGAUUUUGCCCCGCGGGUCCGGCGCAGGAGCCGGGAGCAGGGGGUCCUCUACGACGGGGCUCAGUGGCCCCUGGCACAGCGCCCUUCGCCCAGCUCCACCUGGCUCCUCAGCAGCGUCAAGGAAGGGUCUCUGGUCAAAGACAGGAAUCUGCGGCCAUGGCCCAGGUUGCGGAGCCAGAGGGGUGCGCCCCGAGUACCCAGAGCCUACCUGAGGACCCGGCACUUGUGGAGGAGAGACCCGGCGAGCCUGGAGCAGCCGGCGGGGAGGCCCAAGGGGAGGAGACAAACCCCGGCGCGGUGGAGGCGCCGAGGGGAGAGGGGGCGGGCGCAGCCGCGACGGCCAAGGUGAUGGAAGAAGAAGGCUCGGGCCCUGGGCGGGACGCAGAGCGCGCGGGCGAGGUGGCGCUGGGCGCGAGCUGCGACCCGAGGGCGGAGGAGCAAGGCGCUAGCGGAGAGCAGGGCGCUAGCGGAGAGCAGGGUGAAGGGGAGGUGGAGGGUGCUCGGGAGGGAGAGGAGCAGGCUAGAGGCACGGAGCAGGUGGAGGAAGCGAGCCCGGCGCUUGGAGUUCAGGGCGAGGCCCUCGCGGAGACUCAGGGGGAGCCUGGGGACCCCACAGCCCCAGAGGCGAAGGAAGAGGCGGAGCGGGGGCUGGAGAAGCAGGAAAGCAGCGCGCCAGGGGCAGCGGGGGCCGCGUGGACGCGGAGGGGCCGGCGGUGGAUAGCAUGGAUGUCGGGGGGCGGGCAGGGGACAGUAUGGAUGUCGGGGGCCCGGCAGGGGACAGCAUGGAUGUCGGGGGACCCACAGGGGACAGUAUGAAUGUCCUGGGGCCUGAUGGAGACAGCGUGGAUGUUGAGGGGCCGGAGGGUGGGGCGCAUGGGGCAGAAGGUGAGCCCCAGGACCCGGGGGAUAGCAGCCCCCAACCCCAGGAGGAGGCAAUUGAGGCCGCAGUGGCGGAGAACGCGGGGUGCAGCCCGGGGGAGCUUGCGGAGGAGCCUCGAGGUGCAGCGGUGGGCGCCGCAGAGGAGGCUGGGGACCGGCAGGGAGCAGAGUCAGAGGAAGCGACCCCUGGGGACUCGAGGGCCGACGCUAGCGAGGACGAGGAGCAGACGGAGGAGGCAAAAGAGGAGAGGCAAGGGCCGAGUCCGGAGGGGCCAGGCGAGGAGCCCACUGCCGGGGGCGAGGAGACGCCUCCGGACCGCAGCGCGGAUGGGGAGGCGGCCCUGCUGACGGGGGCCACGGAGCCUGAGGCUGAGCUGAGCAACCACUUGGAGGAGGAGAGCAGCCCCGAGCGCGGCAGUGAGGUGCCCCCGGUGAACGGCAGCCAGGAGGACGGCGAGGCGUCUGAGGAGGGGGCCCCGGGGCAGGAGCACGACAUCACCCUCUUCGUGAAGGCUGGUUGUGAUGGUGAAAGUAUUGGAAAUUGCCCGUUUUCUCAGCGUCUCUUUAUGAUUCUCUGGCUAAAGGGUGUUAUAUUUAAUGUGACAACGGUGGACUUGAAAAGGAAACCCGCCGACCUGCAGAACCUGGCUCCCGGGACCAACCCGCCUUUCAUGACUUUUGAUGGUGAAGUCAAGACGGAUGUGAAUAAGAUCGAGGAGUUCUUAGAGGAGAAAUUAGCUCCCCCGAGGUACCCUAAGUUGGGGACCCAACACCCCGAGUCUAACUCUGCAGGAAAUGAUGUGUUUGCCAAGUUCUCAGCAUUUAUAAAAAACACCAAGAAGGAUGCAAACGAGAUUUAUGAAAGAAACCUGUUAAAGGCCCUGAAGAAGCUGGAUACUUACUUAAACAGCCCCCUGCCUGAUGAAAUAGAUGCCUACAGCGCCGAGGAAGUUGCUGUUUCUGGAAGAAAGUUCCUGGAUGGAGAUGAGCUCACACUAGCCGACUGUAACCUCUUACCCAAGCUCCACAUUAUUAAGAUCGUGGCCAAGAGAUACAGAGACUUUGAAUUUCCUUCUGAGAUGACUGGCAUCUGGAGGUACUUGAACAACGCGUAUGCCAGGGAUGAGUUCACAAACACAUGCCCAGCCGAUCAGGAGAUUGAACACGCGUAUUCAGAUGUUGCCAAAAGAAUGAAGUGAAGCCGGGGUGUUUAAUUUCUCAGUUGUGCGAGCUAGACUCUGAGAAGAGUGUGCCCUUUGCGUUUCCCUCCCGAUAGCCAUGCUCUGCAAAAGAACGCCCGUAUUUUAACCAUGUGCAUGUCAUGCAACCCUCUGUGAUAUACAGCCUUGUAGUUUGUCAACUCACUUGUGUAGCUGAAUAAUAGCAGCAUCACUUUUUACGCGCACCAUUCGUCCAGCUGAUGUUCGUGUGUGUCUUUGACAUUUUCAGACCUUGCGAUCCAUGAUAUUUAGGGCAUGUGUUUUGCAUUUGAAGUUUCAAAGCCAAUAAGGUUUGGGUUCAGUUCCUCCUUUAUUUUUUAAAAAAUGUGUCUCUGAUAGUUUUCAUCAUCAUGGACAGGCUUUUUCUGCUCUAACACAGUAGUUUAAUUUUUUAUUUCCAGAAUGAAAAUACUGUUUUUCAUAAUUACAAAAUGAUACAUGCUAGUUGUAAGAAUUUAAAACAAUGUCAGAAGGUAUAAAGGAGAAAGAAAAAAAAAUCACCAAAAAUUUCGCUACACUUAGGUUAACUACUGAUAACUUAUUGGUGAACAUCCUCCAAAAUCUUUGGACUCUCUCUGUCUCUGUCUCUGUCUCUCUGUUUCUCUCGCGCGCGCUCUCACACACACACACAAUUUCUCCCUUUCUUCCUCUCUCCCUUUCUUUCUUUCUUCCUCUCUCCUCUCUUUCUUUCUUUCUUUCUUUCUUUCUUUCUUUCUUUCUUUCUUUCUUUCUUUCUUUCUUUCUUUCUUUCUUUCUUUCUUUCUUUCUCUUUCUCUCAUUCUCUCAUUCUUCCUCUCUUUCUUUAUUUCUUUCUGGUCUUUUUAAGGCCACGUUGCAUCAUAUGGAAGUUCUCAGGCUAGGGGUCAAAGAGGAGCCAGCACACCACAGCCACAGCAACACGGGAUCCGAGCCGAGUCUGCAACCUACACCACAGCCACAGCAAUGCCAGAUAGGAGCCGCAUCUGCGACCUAUACCACCGGAUCCUUAACCCCCUGAGCAAAGCCAGGGAUCACACCCACAUCCUCAUGGAUAAUACUUGGGUUUGUCACCUCUGGGCCAUGACAGGAACUCCCACAGUGCACACAAUUUCAUGUCCCUGUGGUGUUGUGACUUUAUGUUAAGGAAAUGGUGAGGGGAUCCCUUGGUAAUGCCUCGAUGGUCAGCCCUAUAGGACCUAAAACAAAGAGAUUCGGCACCACCAAGCUGGAGAGGGUGCUUGUGGCCAAGAUUCACAGGGGUGGAGAAUUUUAGAGACCACAGACCUGCAGGGACCAGUGGGGACCAGCAGCCACGGAGGGACCUCACCUCAUCUUGCUCCUGCUUCCAUGAUGCCACUACCCCUGGUUUCAGGGAGGGCACAGGGGUUGCCUGUCUGUGUCCCUCCUUCUGGCUCCCUUUGGGGGCUUUCUCUCCCUCCCUCCCCUCUCCCAGAGACCAUGCCUCUGGGGCGGGGGGGACUCCUAAUACGAGCUAUAUGUUGGAGAAUUUCCCUGUCCUGUGUUGAAAUGUGAAUCCAGCUCACUUUGAUUCCUCCUGAUGGCCGUUCUGAGGCCCUACACUGCCCCUCUUCUGCCAUGAUGGGCUGUGGAACUAGGGUGUGGGACUAGCCCAGGUCCUGUCGCUUCUCUGCGCUGUCUAGUGUCACGGCGAGGUGAGGCAGGGAAAAUCCAGGGAGAUGAAAUCCACCGUGACUCCUCUUGGGCAGUUCUGGUAAAGAGUCAACCUGGGGAGGAAAUGGAAACUAUUGAGUCAAAAGAGCGUUCUGGUUCAUCUGUGGCUGCUCCUCCACCGUCCUUGGAGCCAGCUCUCAUCAGCAGCUGCGUGUGGGCUGAUGCUGGGCUCCUGCUCAAGGCAUGGAGGGCAGAAUGGCAGGCUGUUUUGAUCCACAUCAAGAGUAUUAUAUACCAGGCCAUGGCCCUUUGACAUUUGCCCACACCUUACGGAAAACCUUCCUGUUGGUUUCAGCUUGUAGUUGAUGUGACAGGCUUGUUAGGAAAAAAAAGUAUACACCUGCUCACUCCAUCAUUCAUUCGAAAGAAAGCAAAAUGCAUUCACAGUAACUGUUCCGGGAUUCAGGGGAAAAAGUCGAGUAAGAGAAACAAAGGCUUCGGCCACCUUCGCUCCCCUCUUACCGGAUGCUGGGGUUUUACCUGGAAGCCGUCACUGACUCCAGCCAUUCCCUUGCUUAUUAGCCACAUGUUUUUAGCUUCAUCGUUAUUCCUGUUUCAUAUCAGUUUAGGAGUCAGAUUUUUGGUUUUGCUUUUUAGGGCUGAUCCCGUGGCAUAUGGAGGCUCCCAGGCUAGGGGUCCAGUCAGAGCUGCAGCCGCCAGCCUACACCACAGUCACAGAAACAUCAGAUCCAAGCCAUGUCUGUGACCUACACUGCAGUUUGUGGCAAUGCCAGAUCCUUAACCCACUGAGCGAGGCCAGGGAUUGAACCUGCAUCCUCAUGGCUCCUAGUCGGAUUUGUUUCCGGGUUUGUUUCCACUGUGCCACAACAGGAACUCCUAGGAGUCAGAUCUUUAAGUUUUAUAAUGUUACACUUCAACUUGGUACAUGAAUGGACUACAGGAUGUUACUAGCCGAACUUUGUAUUUUGUUAAAGUGAUCUGCAUAAACUCUGUGUGCCUUCAAAAUGAAA